GCUUGUCUCAGGAGGGAGGACAGUCAGAGAGGCUUUGCUCCUAAGGAAAUUUAUUUAAAUAUAACUGGACUGAAGUUGGAGAAAUACGUCAAGCACCCCCCAGAAGCAAAGCAAGAGAGCAUCCCCGGAGAUCAAUGGUGGGACGAGAGAAAUUAACUUCAUUAAGUUAAGUGAGUAGGUGGACAGGCUUUCCGCAAAGAUGGCAGAUGAAGAUGAUUAUGAUGAGGUUGUGGAGUACUACAUAGAAGAGGAGGUCGAGGGUGAACCAGGCGAGGUGAUUACUGAGUACACUGAGACUACAUACAGCACUGGCUCCGCACCGUACACAGUAACAACAAGACAUACUUCAGAAACAAGCAGGCAUCCUUCAGAAACAAGAAGGCAUCCUUCAGAAAUAAGAACACAUACUUAUGAAACAACCACAACGCAUACUUUGGAUAGUACAACACAACCUCCGGAAGUCACAGACACUUCUCACAAGGCCUCCCAACCUGUCAGAAAAAAAGUUGUACGGAAAAAAGUGGACACAUCUAAGUUUCGGACACCUUACUUGGAUCACAGUUCAAAAAUGCAAAAGCUCUUCAGCGAUAAAAAGUACAAGGAAAAAUUUGACAAAGAAAAAGGAAAACAAUGUGGAAUAACAACAGAUACUCCCGAACUUCGGAGAAUCAAGAAAGUCCAGGAUCAGCUCAGUGAGGUUAAGUAUCGCAUGGCUGGGGAGGCAGCUAGAACCGAUUGCCACCUUGACGAAAAAGCAAGAGACAUUGAGCAUGCAAAGAAAGUUUCUCAGCAAGUCAGCAAGGUUUUAUACAAACAGAACUGGGAAGAAAAUAAGGAAAAGUACUUGCUUCCUCCUGAUGCUCCUGAGCUUGUUCAUGCCAUAAAAAAUACAGCCUUAUUCAGUAAGAAACCUUAUGUUGAAGAGUGGGAAGCAGACAAGUCCCUCUUCUAUCCCUAUGAUGACAGUCCUGAACUUAGGAGAGUUGCAAAGGCACAAAAGGCCCUCAGUGAUAUUGUUUACAAAAAAGGACACGAUGAGCAGAAAUCGAAGUACACCUCUGUGCCUGACCCACCUGAUGUGGAGCUUGCCAAGAAAGUUACUCGACAGCUCAGUGACCACAAAUAUCAUGAAGACUAUAAAAAGAAAAAGGGCAAAUGGAGCCAAACACCAUGCUAUGAUGUCGCAAUUGCCAAAAUGAACUCUGAAAACUUGAGCCCAAGAAAAUACCAGGAAGACUGGGAAUCGCAGAAAGACAAUAUCUAUUUCAUGCAGACAGCAACACCAGAGUAUGCGGUUAAUAAGCGUGCUGGAAUUGCUGCCAGUAAGGUAAAAUACAAGGAAGAUUAUGAAAAAGCCAAAGGUUCAGCAGAUUAUAAUGUACUUCCAGCAACGGAGAAUCCGAUGCUCAGGCAUCUAAAAGCUGUUGCAAAUAAUGUAAAUGAUAGAUUAUAUAAGGAGGCAUACGAGAAAGCCAAAGCAAAAAGUAUCAACUACUGCGAGACUCCAAAGUACAAAAUCGACAACGUUCUGAAAGACUUUAGUGAUGUCAAAUACAAAGAGCCUUACAUAGCCAAUGUCUUGGGCCGAUACAUAGGCACCCCUGAGGACCCCUAUCAAGUGCAUUGCAUGAAGAUUGAAGCUAUGAAGAGCGAUAAAAACUAUAAAGCGGAUUAUGAAGAGGAAAAAGCUAACUGCUACUUCCCCCAGACCUUGACUCAAGAAUAUGAAGUCCAGAAGAAGCUGGACAAGUGCAAAGAUAUUAUCUACAAAAAGCCUCCAGAUCAGAUUAAGUUUACUCAGGUGGCGAAUUCUCCUGUUUUGGUACAAGCACAGAUUAACACCAAGCAGUUAAGCGAUAUGAAUUACAAAGCCAAACAUGAGGCAGAAAAAUCCAGAUGUUCCAUACCUCCAGAUACUCCUUUGCUUCUUCAGUCCAAAGUCAAUGCUUAUAAUAUCAGUGAUAAUUGGUAUAAGUAUGACUGGGAUCAAUCCAAAGCAAAGAAGUUUGAUAUCAAAAUGGAUGCCAUCCCGAUUCUGGCUGCCAAAGCAAAACAAAAAAUUGCAAGUGAGGUUGAGUACAAGAAGGGAUACGAAAAGAGCAAAGGAAAACUUGUUGGAGCUUUGAGUGUUGAAGAUGAUCCUAGGAUCCGGCAUUCACUGAAAGUAGGCAAGCUGCAAAGUGAUAGAUUAUAUAAGGAACCAUAUGAAAAAGCAAAAGGACUAAGCAUUAACUAUUGUGAGACUCCACAAUAUCAGGUGGACAAUGCUCUUAAGAACUUCACUGGGGUGAGAUACAAAGAGCCUUAUGUAACCGAUGUCCUGGGCCGGUACAUAGGCACUCCUGAGGACCCCUAUCAAGUGCAUUGCAUGAAGAUUGAAGCUAUGAAGAGUGACAAAAACUAUAAAGCGGACUACGAAGAUGAAAAGGAUAAAUGUUAUUUCCCUCAAACCAUAACUCAAGAAUAUGAAGCCUUGAAGAAGCUGGACAUGUGCAAAGAUUCUGCCUACAAAAAGCAUCCUGACCAAAUCAAGUUUACUUCAGUGCCGGAUUCUCCAGUUUUGCUACAAGCACAGAUUAAUACCAAGCAGCUGAGUGAUAUGAACUACAAAGCCAAACAUGAGGCUGAAAAAUCCAGAUGUUCCAUACCUCCUGAUGCUCCUUUAUUCCUUCAGUCCAGAGUCAAUGCUUAUAACAUCAGUGAUAAUUGGUAUAAGUACGACUGGGAUCAAUCAAAAGCAAAGAAGUUUGAUAUCAAAAUGGAUGCUAUCCCGAUUUUGGCUGCAAAAGCAAAGCAAAAAAUCACGAGCGAUGUUGAGUACAAGAAAGGCUAUGAAAAGAGCAAAGGGAAGCUUAUUGGAGCUUUGAGUGUUGAAGAUGAUCCUAGGAUCCGGCACUCACUGAAAGUAGGCAAGCUGCAAAGUGAUAGAUUAUAUAAGGAACCAUAUGAAAAAGCAAAAGGAGUAAGCAUUAACUAUUGUGAGACUCCACAGUAUCAGGUGGACAACACUCUUAAGAACUUCACUGGGGUGAGAUACAAAGAGCCUUAUGUAACCAAUGUCCUGGGCCGGUACAUAGGCACUCCUGAGGACCCCUAUCAAGCGCAUUGCAUGAAGAUUGAAGCUAUGAAGAGUGACAAAAACUAUAAAGCGGACUAUGAAGAUGAAAAGGCUAAAUGUUAUUUUCCUCAAACCAUAACUCAAGAAUAUGAAGCCUUGAAGAAGCUGGACAUGUGCAAAGAUUCUGCCUACAAAAAGCAUCCUGACCAAAUCAAGUUUACUUCAGUGUCGGAUUCUCCAGUUUUACUACAAGCACAGAUUAAUACCAAGCAGCUGAGUGAUAUGAAUUACAAAGCUAAACAUGAAGCUGAAAAAUUCAGAUGUUCUAUACCUCCAGAUGCUCCUUUGUUUCUCCAGUCCAGAGUUAAUGCUUAUAAUAUCAGUGAUAAUUGGUACAAGUAUGAUUGGGAUCAAUCGAAAGCAAAGAAAUUUGAUAUCAAAGUAGAUGCCAUCCCAAUUCUGGCUGCCAAAGCAAAACAAAAAAUUGUGAGCGAUGUUGAGUACAAGAAAGGCUACGAAAAGAGCAAAGGGCAGCUUAUUGGAGCAUUGAGCGUCGAAGAUGAUCCCAAGAUCUUACAUUCUCUGAAAGUGGGGAAACUCCAAAACGAUAGACUAUAUAAGGAACUAUAUGAAAAAGCAAAAGGAGUAAGCAUUAAUUAUUGUGAGACUCCACAGUAUCAGGUGGACAACGUUCUUAAGAACUUCAGUGGGGUGAAAUACAAAGAGCCUUACGUAACCAACGUGCUGGGCCGAUAUAUAGGGACUUUUGAGGACCCCUAUCAAGCGCAUUGCAUGAAGAUUGAAGCUAUGAAGAGUGACAAAAACUAUAAGGCAGACUAUGAAGACGAAAAGGCUAAAUGCUAUUUCCCUCAAACCAUAACUCAAGAAUAUGAAGCCAUAAAGAAGCUGGAUGUGUGCAAAGAUCAUGCAUAUAAGAAACAUCCUGGUCAGAUCAAGUUUACCCCUGUAACAGACUCGCUGGUUAUGGUACAAGCACAAAUUAAUUCCAAGCAGCUGAGUGAUUUGAACUACAAAGCCAAACACGAAGCUGAGAAAAACAGAUGUUCUAUCCCUCCAGAUGCUCCCAUAUUCCUCCAAUCCAGAGUCAAUGCCUACAACAUCAGUGAUAAUUGGUAUAAAUAUGACUGGGAUCAAUCAAAAGCAAAUAAAUUUGACAUCAAGAUGGAUGCCAUUCCAAUUCUAGCUGCAAAAGCCAAGCAAAAAAUUGCUAGUGAUGUUGAAUACAAAAAGGGUUAUGAACAGAGCAAAGGCAAGUUAAUUGGAGCUCUGAGUAUUGAAGAUGAUCCCAAAAUGAUACAUUGCCAAAAAGUGGCCAAGCAACAGAGUGAUCUGCUCUAUAAAGAAGGUUAUGAAGCAUCGAAGACCAAAUACACAGCACCGUUGGACAUGAUUCCCAUUGUACAAGCAAAGAAAGCUCAGGCGAUCAUCAGUGAUACAGACUACAGGCAUCGCAUCCAUAAUUACUCCUAUCCUCCUGAUAGUAUUAAUGUGGAACUGGCCAGGAAGGCUAAUACUAUACUCAGUGAUAAUGAAUAUAAAGCUGAUUACAACAAUUGGAUGAAAGGAAUUGGUUGGAUACCUUAUGGAUCCCUGGAUGCAGAAACAGCAAAAAGAACUUCAGGAUACGUAAGUGAGAAAAAAUACCGUCAGCCUCCAGACACUAUUAAAUUUACACAAAUUGAAGAUCAUCCUACUGUGGUUCAGGCCAAAAUCAAUCAAGCCCAGCGGAGUGAUAUACUUUAUAAAGCCAAAAAUGAAGAACUAAUUCACAAUUAUAACCUCCCGGCAGAUGCGCCUCAAUUUAUCCAGGCAAAGGUUAACUCCUACAAUAUCAGUGAUACUUAUUACAAACUGGGGUUGGAAGACCUGAAAUCGAGGGGCUGUGACCUGAGGAGCGAUGCCAUCCCCAUUAGAGCAGCUAAAAGUGCCAGCAAGGCUGCCAGUGAUUUUGAAUAUAAGAAAGGCUAUGAACAAGGCAAAGGCAAACUGAUUGGCUUCCAGAGCAUUCAAGAUGACCCCAAAUUAGUUCAUUAUAAGAACGUGGCCAAGAUGCAGUCCGAGAGGGACUACAAGAAAGGCUAUGAGGAAAGCAAGACUAAAUACAACAUUCCACUUGAUAUGGUGAAUGUUGUAGCUGCUAAGAAAGCCCAAGAAAUUGUCAGCGAUACCAAUUACAAGAAUCUCCUGCACAAUUAUACAUUAUUGCCAGAUGAUAUUAAUGUGGAGCGAGCUAAAAACAUGAUGCAGAUUCAGAGUGAUAAUCUUUACAAGACAGAUUUUACUGGCUGGAUGAAAGGUAUUGGGUGGAUCCCAAUUGGUUCCCUUGAAGCGGAGAAAGCUAAAAAAGCAGGAGAGGCUCUAAAUGAAAAGAAGUACCGACAGCAUCCAGACACUAUUAAAUUUACAAGUAUUGUGGAUUCUCCCGUCAUGGUCCAGGCUAAGCAGAAUGCACUUCAGCUCAGUGAUAUUUUAUACAAAUCCUCCGGGGAAGAAAUGAAGCAUACAUAUAAUUUGCCUGCAGAUGCCCCUCAGUUCAUCCAGGCCAGAUAUAAUGCAGCUAAUAUUAGUGAUAAUUAUUAUAAAUAUGGCUAUCAGGACCUCAUAGCCAAAGGACCCAGUGUACUGGGUGAUGCCAUUCCAAUUACUCAUGCCAAGGCCUCAAGAAACAUUGCUAGUGACUACAAAUACAAAGAAGCUUAUCAAAAGACUAAAGGAAAACAGGUUGGUUUCCGAAACUUGCAAGACGCUCCUAUGCUUGUCCAUUCUAUGAAUGUGGCCAAGAUGCAGUCUGAGCGUGAGUACAAGAAGGAUUAUGAGAAAAGCAAGACAUGCUAUCACACACCAGUGGAGAUGGUCAGUAUCCAAGCUGCCAAGCAGGCUCAGGAUGUAGCCUCCAAUGUCAACUACAAAAAUCUGAUCCAUCACUAUACCUACCUGCCAGAUGCUAUGAAUGUGGAGCUGGCCAAGAACAGGAUGCAAAUCCAGAGUGAUGUUGUUUACAAAGAUGACUACAAUAACUGGUUAAGAGGUGUGGGGUGGAGUCCCUUGGGCUCCCUGGAUAUGGAAAAAGUUAGAAAAGCUGGCGAGGCAAUAUCUGAAUCGAAAUAUCGCCAGCACCCGGACAAAUUCAAGUUUACAAGUUUGAUGGAUGCUAUACCGAUGGUUUUGGCUCAACAGAAUACCAAACAGCUGAGUGAUAUAAACUAUAAGGUAGAAGGUGAGAAAAUGAAGCACACGUAUCAUUUGGAUCCAGAUGUACCUGCAUUUAUUCAAGCAAAAGUCAAUGCCUACAAUAUAAGUGAUAAUUUCUACAAAGCAGACUGGAAGAGGCGGCUUGCUGAAGGCUAUGACCUGAAAGCAGAUGCUAUUCCUAUCGUGGCCGCGAAAUCUUCACGCCACAUUGCCAGUGAUUACAAAUACAAGGAAUCCUAUGAGAAAGAAAAAGGAAAGCAUAUUGGCUUCCUUAGCCUGCAAGAUGAUCCUAAAUUGGUUCAUUAUAUGAAUGUGGCAAAACAACAAUCAGAACGUGAAUAUAAGAAAGGCUAUGAAAGCGGCAAAACUAACUAUCACUUGCCUCUAGACCUAUUCAGUGUAGUGGCCGCUAAGAAAGCCCAAGAAGUUGUGACUGACACAAACUACAAACAACCUCUGCAUAAUUACACUCUUCUUCCUGAUGCCAUGAGUAUGGAAUUGUCAAGAAACAGGAUGCAGAUUCAGAGUGAUAAUCUUUACAAAGCUGACUUUAAUAGCUGGCUGAAGGGACUAGGCUGGGUGCCAAUUCAAUCUCUGGAGGUGGAAAAUGCAAAGAAUGCCACUCAGAUUCUCAGUGAAAACAAAUAUCGUCAGCACCCAGACAAACUGAAGUAUACCAUUGACAUGGAUGCCAUGGAACAGGUGUUGGCUAAACAAAAUGCCCAUACUAUGGAUAAGAGGCUGUAUGUAGAAAAAUGGAACAAAGACAAGACUGACAUUCACGUAAUGCCUGAUACACCAGAAAUACUCCUGUCCAGAGCCAACCAAAUCAUCAUGAGUGAUAAAAUAUAUAGGUCUGGCUGGGAAGAGGAGAAGAAGAAAGGCUAUGAUCUACGAUCAGAUGCUCUGUCCAUAAAAGCAGCUAAAGCUUCCAGGGAUAUUGCAAGUGAUUACAAAUACAAACUGGCCUUCGAACAAUCGAAAGGAAGGCAGAUCGGCUUCCGUAACGUAAAAGAUGACCCUAAGCUUGUGCACUAUAUGGAAGUUGCCAAGAUGCAAUCAGAGCGUGAAUACAAAAAGGACUACGAAAAAUCAAAGACACGGUUCCACACUCCUGUCGACAUGUUCAGUGUUGUAGCAGCCAAGAAGGCACAGGAAGUGGCAACUGAUACCAACUACCGGAAUAUUAUCCACACUUACAGUGCUUUGCCUGAUUCUAUGAGCCUUGAAUUGGCCAAAAAUAUGAUGCAGAUCCAGAGUGAUAAUCAGUACAAAGCAGACUAUGAUGAAUUCAUGAAAGGGAUUGGAUGGAUACCACUAGGAUCUCUAGAAGCUGAAAAGAAUAGGAAAGCCAUGGAGAUUGUCAGUGAGAAGAAGUACAGACAACAUCCAGACAAACUGAAAUAUUCUAUUCUAAUGGAUUCUAUGCCAAUGGUUUUGGCGACAAGUAAUGCAAAAAUAAUGGAUGAUCGCCUUUACAAAAAGGACUGGGAAGCAGAAAAGACACAGAUUCAUAUCAUGCCAGAUAUUCCUGAGAUUCUUUUGGCAAAAGUCAAUGCGUAUAACAUCAGUGAUAAAAUAUAUAAACAUUCUCUGGAAGAAGCUAAGAAGAAAGGCUGUGAUCUCAGAAGUGAUGCAAUCCCUAUUCAGGCUGCUAAAGCUUCUCGGGAGAUUGCCAGUGAUUACAAAUAUAAAUUGGGUUAUGAACAGGACAAGGGUAAGCUUGUUGGCUUCCGCAGCCUCCAAGAUGACCCCAAGCUUGUCCAUUACAUGCAAGUGGCCAAGAUGCAGUCAGAUCGCGAGUACAAGAAAGCCUAUGAAAGCAGCAAAACGAGAUACAACACGCCUGCUGAUAUGGUCAGCAUUGUGGCUGCCAAAGAAGCACAAGACAAUAUUACCAAUAUCAAUUACAAAAGGCUCAUCCAUAAAUAUAUCCUUCUGCCGGAUGCCAUAAAUGUAGAACUGGCCAGAAACAUGAAUCGGGUUCAAAGUGAUCAUGAAUAUAAGCAAGAUUAUAAUGAGUGGUAUAAAGGUCUUGGUUGGAGCCCUGCUGGGUCAUUGGAUAUUGAGAAGUCCAAGAAAGCCACUGAAAUUGCUAGUGACACCAAAUAUCGCCAGCACCCAAGUCUUUUCCCAUUUAAGAAGCUGACUGAUUCAAUGGAUAUGGAACUCGCCAAGCACAAUGCUGAUGUUAUGAAUAAGCGUGCCUACAUAAAUGCAUGGGAGCAAGAUAAGACAACAAUUCAUGUCAUGCCAGAUACACCAGAUAUUAUGCUGGCUAAAGCAAAUAAGUUUAAUUACAGCCAGAAAUUGUACAAACUUGGAUUGGAAGAAAUGUUGAAAAAGGGUUAUGACCUUACUACUGAAGCCUUAUCAGUGAAAGCAGCUAAAGCAUCCAGAGACAUUGCUAGUGAUUACAAGUACAAAGAUGGCUACCGCAAGCAACUCGGCCAUCAUAUUGGAGCUCGUAGUAUAGAAGACGAUCCUAAAAUGCUGCAUUCUAUAAAUGUGGCCAAGAUGCAGAGUGAGAGGGAAUACAAGAAAGUUUUUGAGACGCUGAAGACCAAGUACAGCAGUCCUGUGGAUAUGCUGUCAGUCUUGGGGGCAAAGAAUUGCCAGAAGCUGGUCAGCGAUAUUGAUUACCGUAAUUAUUUGCACCAGUGGACAUGUCUUCCAGACCAAAAUGAUGUCAUCCAUGCCAAGAAGACCUAUGAACUACAGAGUGAUAUUGCAUAUAAAUCUGAUCUCGAAUGGCUUAAAGGCAUUGGAUGGAAUACGUUGGGAUCUCUCGAGUCGGAAAAGAACAAGAAAGCUUCUGAGAUUCUGAGUGAAAGAACUUAUCGUCAGCAUCCAGACACAAUUAAAUUCACAAGCAUUCCUGAUUCAAUGGAAGUUGUUCUGGCAAAAGAAAACUCAAAGCAUAGAAGUGAUAGACUUUAUCGAGAAGCUUGGGACAAAGAUAAGACUCAGAUUCAUAUCAUGCCUGACACUCCUGAGAUUAUGUUGUCCAGAAUCAAUUUAGUUAACUUGAGUGAUAAACUCUACAAAUUAGGAUUGGAAGAAUUGAAAAGAAAAGGCUAUGAUCUUCCACCUGAUGCCAUACCGAUCAAGGCAGCAAAAGCAUCUAGAGAAAUUGCCAGUGAAUACAAAUACAAAGAGGCAUACCGUAAGCAGCUUGGUCACCACAUUGGAGCUCGUAGUAUAGAAGACGAUCCUAAAAUGUUGCAUUCUAUGAAUGUAGCCAAGAUGCAGAGUGAAAGGGAAUAUAAGAAAGUUUUUGAGCAAUUGAAGACUAAGUAUAGCACUCCUGUAGAUAUGCUGUCAGUCUUGGGGGCCAAGAAUUGCCAGAAACUGGUCAGCGAUAUCGAUUACCGUAAUUAUUUGCACCAGUGGACAUGCCUCCCAGAUCAAAACGAUGUCAUCCAUGCCAGGAAAACGUAUGAUCUUCAAAGUGAUAUUAAUUAUAAGUCAGACCUUGAGUGGCUCAGGGGGAUUGGCUGGUCGCCUAGUGGUUCUUUGGAAGCAGAGAAGAAUAAGAGAGCUUCUGAGAUCUUGAGUGACCAUGGAUAUAGGCAGCAUCCUGACACUUUCGCUUUUACCAGCCCUAUUGAUUCCUUACCUAUGGCUUUGGCCAAACAUAACUCUGAAAUUAUGAAUCAGCGUAUGUAUAUUGAUGCUUGGAAUAAAGAUAAAACCAGUAUCCAUAUUAUGCCUGAUACACCUGAAAUUCUACUGUCACAACAGAACAAAAUCAACUACAGUGAUAAACUGUACAAACUAUCAUUGGAGGAGGCCAAGAAGAAGGGGUAUGAUCUUCGGAUAGAUGCAAUUCCUAUCCAGGCUGCUAAAGCAUCUAGAGAUAUUGCAAGUGAGUACAAGUACAAAGAAGGUUAUCGCAAGCAACUCGGCCAUCAUAUUGGAGCUCGUAGUAUAGAAGAUGAUCCUAAAAUGUUGCAUUCUAUGAAUGUGGCCAAGAUGCAGAGUGAAAGGGAAUAUAAGAAAGUCUUUGAGAAGCUGAAGACCAAGUACAGCACUCCUGUAGAUAUGCUGUCAGUCUUGGGGGCAAAGAAUUGCCAGAAGCUGGUCAGCGAUAUUGAUUACCGUAAUUAUUUGCACCAGUGGACCUGCCUCCCAGACCAAAAUGAUGUCAUCCACGCUAGAAAAGCUUAUGAUCUGCAGAGUGACAAUUACUACAAGUCUGAUCUUCAAUGGUUGAAAGGCAUUGGGUGGGUCCCUAUUGGUUCCUUGGAGAAUGAAAAAGUCAAGAAAGCUGGAGAGAUCCUAAGUGAAAAGAUGUAUCGUCAGCCUCCAGACAAAUUCAAGUUUACUAGUGUGACAGAUUCUCUAGAAAUACUUUUGGCCAAGCAUAAUGCAGAAAAUAUGAAUAAGCGUUUGUACACUGAAGCUUGGGAUAAAGACAAGACACAAAUUCACAUAAUGCCUGAUACUCCUGAAAUAACUUUAGCAAGACAGAACAAGAUCAACUACAGUGAGAGUUUAUAUAAACUUUCCUUGGAAGAGGCAAAGAAGAAGGGGUACGACUUGCGAAUAGAUGCAAUUCCGAUUCAGGCUGCCAAGGCAUCCAGAAUUAUUGCUAGUGAUUACAAAUACAAAGAAGGUUAUCGCAAGCAACUGGGCCAUCACAUUGGAGCUCGUAGUGUGGAAGAUGAUCCUAAAAUAUUGCAUUCUAUAAAUGUAGCCAAGAUGCAAAGUGAGAGGGAAUACAAGAAAGUUUUUGAGAAACUGAAGACCAAAUACAGCAGUCCUGUGGAUAUGCUGUCAAUCUUGGGGGCCAAGAAUUGCCAGAAAUUGGUCAGCGAUAUUGAUUAUCGCAAUUACUUGCACCAGUGGACAUGUCUACCAGAUCAAAAUGAUGUCAUCCAAGCUAGGAAAGCUUAUGAUUUGCAGAGUGAUAAUUGCUACAAAGCAGACCUUGAAUGGAUAAAAGGCAUCGGCUGGGUCCCUAUUGGUUCACUGGAUGUUGAGCGUGCCAAGAAAGCAGGAGAGAUCCUGAGUGAAAAGACAUACCGCCAACCUCCAGAGAAUUUCAAAUUCACCAGUGUGACAGAUUCUCUAGAAAUGGAAUUGGCCAGACAUAAUGCUGAAACUAUGAACAAGAGGCUGUAUACUGAAGCUUGGGAUAACGAUAAACUCACAAUCCAUGUCAUGCCUGAUACGCCAGAAAUUGUCCUAGCAAAGUGCAACAAAUUAAACUAUAGCCAGAAAUUGUAUCGAUUGGCCAUGGAGGAAGCAAAGAAGGAUGGUUACGACCUGCGUCUUGAUGCCAUCCCAAUUCAAGCUGCCAAGGCUUCAAGAGCUAUUGCCAGUGAUUACAAGUACAAAGAAGGUUAUCGCAAGCAACUUGGCCACCACAUUGGAGCUCGUAGUAUAGAAGACGAUCCUAAAAUGUUGCAUUCUAUAAAUGUAGCCAAGAUGCAGAGUGAGAGAGAAUAUAAGAAAGUCUUUGAGAAACUGAAGACCAAAUAUAGCACUCCUGUGGAUAUGCUGUCAGUCUUGGGGGCCAAGAAUUGUCAGAAAUUGGUCAGCGAUAUUGAUUACCGUAAUUAUUUGCACCAGUGGACCUGCCUCCCAGAUCAAAAUGAUGUCAUCCACGCUAGAAAAGCUUAUGAUCUGCAGAGUGAUAAUUGCUACAAAGCAGACCUUGAGUGGAUGAAAGGCAUCGGCUGGGUCCCUAUUGGUUCACUGGAUGUUGAGCAUGCUAAGAAAGCAGGAGAGAUCCUGAGUGAAAAGACAUACCGCCAACCUCCAGAGAAUUUCAAAUUCACCAGUGUGACAGAUUCUCUGGAAAUGGAAUUGGCCAGGCAUAAUGCUGAAACCAUGAACAAGAGGCUGUAUACUGAAGCUUGGGAUACUGAUAAGCGCACAAUCCAUGUCAUGCCUGAUACGCCAGAAAUCGUCCUAGCAAAGUUCAAUAAAUUAAACUACAGCCAGAAAUUGUACCGACUGGCCAUGGAGGAAGCAAAAAAAGAUGGCUAUGACCUGCGUCUUGAUGCCAUCCCAAUUCAAGCUGCCAAGGCUUCAAGAGCUAUUGCCAGUGAUUACAAAUACAAAGAAGGUUAUCGCAAGCAACUGGGCCAUCACAUUGGAGCGCGUAGUGUGGAAGAUGAUCCUAAAAUGUUGCAUUCUAUAAAUGUAGCCAAGAUGCAAAGUGAGAGAGAAUAUAAGAAAGUCUUUGAGAAACUGAAGACGAAAUAUACCAGUCCUGUGGAUAUGCUGUCAAUCUUGGGGGCCAAGAAUUGUCAGAAAUUGGUCAGCGAUAUUGAUUACCGUAAUUAUUUGCACCAGUGGACCUGCCUCCCAGAUCAAAAUGAUGUCAUCCAAGCUAGGAAAGCUUAUGAUUUGCAGAGUGAUGCUCUUUACAAGUCAGAUCUAGAAUGGCUGAAAGGCAUUGGCUGGGUGCCUCUUGGUUCACUGAAUGUUGAACAUGUCAAGAGAGCUGGAGAAAUCCUAAGUGAAAACAAAUAUCGGCAACCACCUAAUCAAAUGAAAUUUACCUGUAUCACAGAUGCCUGGGAUGUAGAAUUAGCAAAGCAUAAUGCUGAGCUUAUGAGCAAGCGAUUAUAUACUGAAGCAUGGGAUAAUGAUAAAAUCAAAAUCAAUAUUAUGCCAGAUACCCCAGAAAUUCUGCUGGCCAAGGCAAAUUCUGCAAAUAUCAGCCAUAAACUUUAUGUCCAAGGAUGGGAAGAUACUAAGCAGAAAGGUUACGACCUGAGAACCGAUGCUAUUCCAAUUAAAGCGGCAAAAGCUUCGAGGGAUAUUGCUAGUGAUUAUAAAUACAAAGAAGCACAUGAAAAGCAAAAAGGGCAUUAUGUUGGGGUUCAAAAAAUGGAAGAUGAUCCCAAGUUGGUAUGGUUUGCCCAUGCAGGCAAGAUUCUGAGUGAUCUGGAAUACAAGAAGAACUUUGAACAAUGUAAAGCAAAGAUCCAUUGUCCUGUUGACAUGCUAUCAAUCUUAGAUGCUAAGAAUUGUCAGAAGUUGGUUAGUGAGGUGGACUAUCGCAGACAUUUGCAUGAAUGGACUUGCCUGCCAGACCAGAAUGACGUUAUUCAAGCAAAGAAAGCAUAUGAUCUCCAGAGUGAUAAUGUGUAUAAGGCAGACUUGGAAUGGCUGCGUGGAAUUGGCUGGAUGCCAGAAGGCUCUGUGGAAGUCCAACGAGUGAAGAAUGCCCAGGAUCUGUUGUGUGAAAGAUUGUACCGGCAGCGGCCAGAUUCUCUGAAAUUCACAUCUAUUGUUGAUUCCCCGGAAGUUGUCCUGGCUAAGGCCAAUGCUUUGAUGCAGAGUGGGGCUUUAUAUCGUGAAGUUUGGGAUAACGAAAAAACACAGUACACGCUUCCACUUGACAUUCCUGAGAUUGUUCUAUCCAAAGCAAAUUCUGUGAACUACAGUAAAAAACAUUAUCAGCUUGGAUUGGAGGAGAUGAAGAAGCGAGGCUAUGAUUUAAGAUUGGAUGCUAUUGAAAUCCAGCACGCCAAGUCUUCUAGGAAUAUUGCUAGUGAGUACAAGUACAAAGAAGGUUACCGUAAGCAAGUGGGACACCAUAUUGGAUGCCGGGAUAUCCAUGAUGAUCCCAAACUAGUGUUGGCAAUGCAUGUAGCCAAACUGCAGAGUGAGAGGGAGUACAAGAAAUAUUUUGAGAAGUUUAAAACCAAGUUCAAUAGUCCAGUGGACAUGCUGUCCAUCUUGUUGGCCAAGAAAUGUCAGAAGCUGGUUAGUGACAUUGAUUAUCGCCGGUACCUCCAUGAAUGGAUAUGUUUGCCUGACCAGAAUGAUGUCAUCCAAGCCAAGAAAGCCUAUGACCUACAGAGUGAUAAUCUUUACAAGUCAGAUCUGGAAUGGCUCCGUGGGAUUGGAUGGAUGCCAGAAGGCUCUGUGGAUGUGGUCAGAGUGAAAAAGGCUCAAGAUCUCGUGAAUGACAGGUUGUACAAACAACGCCCAGAUGCGCUGAAAUUUACCAGUAUACCUGACCCACCCCCAGUUGUCCUGGCUAAGGUCAAUGCACAACAGAUCAGUGAGCACCUGUAUCGUGAAGCGUGGGAUAAUGAGAAGGCACAGAUUAAUAUUCCUCUCGAUACCCCUGAAAUACUGCUUUCCAAGAUGAAUGCUGUGAAUGUUAGCCAUAAACAUUAUACUGGAGCCUGGGAUGAAGCCAAAGCAAAAGGUUAUGACUUUAAAGUGGAUGCUCUUUCAUUCAAGCAUGCAAAGUCUUCCAGAGAAAUUGCCAGUGAGUAUAAAUACAAACAAACUUACGAGAAGCAGAAAGGUCAUUACAUUGGAACCCCAUCAGUCAAGGAAGAUCCUAAACUUUCAUGGGCUGCUCGAGUAAUGAAGAUGCAAAAUGACCGUCUCUAUAAGCAAGCAUACCACAGUUCAAAGGCCCAGAUCACCAUCCCCUAUGAAAUGGUGGCUAUCCAGGCAGCCAAACAAGGGCAGGCUAUAGCCAGCGACAUUGAUUACCAUCAUUAUCUGCACCAGUGGUCUUGUCUGCCGGAUCAGAACGAUGUGAUCCAAGCAAAGAAAGCGUAUGAACUUCAGAGCGAUAAUUUGUAUAAAGCUGAUCUGGAAUGGCUCCGUGGGAUUGGAUGGAUGCCGGAAGGUUCUGUGGAUGUGGUCAGAGUGAAAAAGGCUCAAGAUCUCGUGAAUGACAGGUUGUACAAGCUACGCCCAGAUGCACUGAAAUUUACCAGUAUACCUGACCCACCUCCAGUCGUCCUGGCUAAGGUCAAUGCUCAACAGAUCAGUGAGCACCUGUAUCGUGAAGCGUGGGAUAAUGAGAAGGCACAGAUUAAUAUUCCUCUCGAUACCCCUGAAAUACUGCUCUCCAAGAUGAAUGCUGUGAAUGUUAGCCAUAAACAUUAUACUGGAGCCUGGGAUGAAGCCAAAGACAAAAGCUAUGACUUUAAAGUUGACGCUCUUUCAUUCAAGCAUGCAAAAUCUUCCAGAGAAAUUGCCAGUGAGUAUAAAUACAAACAAACUUACGAGAGACAGAAAGGUCAUUACAUUGGAACCCCUUCAGUCAAGGAGGAUCCUAAACUUUCAUGGGCUGCUCGAGUAAUGAAGAUGCAAAAUGACCGUCUCUAUAAGCAAGCAUACCACAAUUCAAAAGCCAAGAUCACCAUCCCCUACGAAACGGUGGCUAUCCAGGCAGCCAAACAAGGGCAGGCUAUAGCCAGCGACAUUGAUUACCAUCAUUAUCUGCACCAGUGGUCUUGUCUGCCGGAUCAGAACGAUGUGAUCCAAGCAAAGAAAGCGUAUGAACUUCAGAGCGAUAACUUGUAUAAAGCUGAUCUGGAAUGGCUCCGUGGGAUUGGAUGGAUGCCAGAAGGCUCUGUGGAUGUGGUCAGAGUGAAAAGGGCUCAAGAUCUCAUAAAUGAGAGGUUGUACAAACUACGUCCAGACGCGCUGAAAUUUACCAGUAUACCUGACCCACCCCCGGUUGUCCUGGCUAAGGUCAAUGCACAACAGAUCAGUGAGAACCUGUAUCGUGAAGCAUGGGAUAAAGAGAAGGCACAGAUUAAUAUUCCUCUUGAUACCCCUGAAGUACUGCUCUCCAGGAUGAAUGCUGUGAAUGUUAGCCGUAAACAUUAUACUGGAGCCUGGGAUGAAGCCAAAGACAAAAGCUAUGACUUUAAAGUUGACGCUCUUUCAUUCAAGCAUGCAAAAUCUUCCAGAGAAAUUGCCAGUGAGUAUAAAUACAAACAAACUUACGAGAGACAGAAAGGUCAUUACAUUGGAACCCCAUCAGUCAAGGAGGAUCCUAAACUUUCAUGGGCUGCUCGAGUAAUGAAGAUGCAAAAUGACCGUCUCUAUAAGCAAGCAUACCACAGUUCAAAAGCCCAGAUCACCAUCCCCUAUGAAAUGGUGGCUAUCCAGGCAGCCAAACAAGGGCAGGCUAUAGCCAGCGACAUUGAUUACCAUCAUUAUCUGCACCAGUGGUCUUGUCUGCCGGAUCAGAACGAUGUGAUCCAAGCAAAGAAAGCGUAUGAACUUCAGAGCGAUAACUUGUAUAAAUCAGAUCUGGAAUGGCUCCGUGGGAUUGGAUGGAUGCCAGAAGGCUCUGUGGAUGUGGUCAGAGUGAAAAGGGCUCAAGAUCUCAUAAAUGAGAGGUUGUACAAACUACGCCCAGACGCGCUGAAAUUUACCAGUAUACCUGACCCACCCCCGGUUGUCCUGGCUAAGGUCAAUGCACAACAGAUCAGUGAGAACCUGUAUCGUGAAGCGUGGGAUAAAGAGAAGGCACAGAUUAAUGUUCCUCUCGAUACCCCAUCAAUGCUGCUCUCCAAGAUGAAUGCUGUGAAUGUUAGCAAUAAACAUUAUACUGGAGCCUGGGAUGAAGCCAAAGCAAAAGGUUAUGACUUUAAAGUGGAUGCUCUUUCAUUCAAGCAUGCGAAAUCUUCCAGAGAAAUUGCAAGUGAGUAUAAAUACAAACAAACUUACGAGAGACAGAAAGGUCAUUACAUUGGAACCCCUUCAGUCAAGGAGGAUCCUAAACUUUCAUGGGCUGCUCGAGUAAUGAAGAUGCAAAAUGACCGUCUCUAUAAACAAGCAUACCAAAAUUCAAAAGCCAAGAUCACCAUCCCCUAUGAAAUGGUGGCUAUCCAGGCAGCCAAACAAGGGCAGGCUUUAGCCAGCGACAUUGAUUACCACCAUUAUCUGCACCAGUGGUCUUGUCUGCCGGAUCAGAACGAUGUGAUCCAAGCAAGGAAAGCAUAUGAACUUCAGAGCGAUGCUGUGUAUAAGUCAGAUCUAGAAUGGCUCCGUGGGAUUGGAUGGAUACCAAGUGGAUCUCCUAUAGUGAAAAGAGUUAAAUUUGCCCAGGAAAUCCUGAGUGACAAUGUAUAUCGCACUCCUGCUGACCGUCUGAAGUUCACCAACAUUGUUGAUACACCGGACGUUCUCCUUGCUAAAACCAACGCGGCGCAAAUCAGUAUUCCUAAAUACCGAGAAGUUUGGGAUAAAGAUAAAGUUAUGAUCCAUGUGAUGGCUGACACACCAGAAAUAAUACUUUCCAAGACCAAUUCCAUCAACGUAAGCAAUAAACUCUAUAGGGACGCUUGGGAUGAUGUAAAGAAAUACAUUGAUUACAGGUCAGAUGCAAUUCCAAUCAGAACAGCCAAAGCCUCAAGACAAAUUGCCAGUGAUUACAAGUACAAAGAAGGUUACCGUAAGCAAGUGGGACACCACGUUGGAUUCCGGAAUAUCCAUGAUGAUCCCAAGCUAGUGCUGGCGAUGCGUGUAGCCAAAUUGCAGAGUGAGAGGGAAUACAAGAAAAAUUUUGAGAAGUUUAAAACCAAGUUUAAUAGCCCAGUGGACAUGCUGUCCAUUUUGUUGGCCAAGAAAUGUCAGAAACUGGUUAGUGACAUUGAUUAUCGCCGCUAUCUCCAUGAAUGGAUAUGUUUGCCUGACCAGAAUGAUGUCAUCCAAGCCAAGAAAGCCUAUGAAUUACAGAGUGAUGCUGUUUAUAAAUCUGACCUAGAAUGGCUACGAGGAAUUGGCUGGAUGCCAAGUGAUUCUGUCUCUGUCAACCAUGUCAAACAUGCUCAGGCUCUUAUUAACGAGAGGUUAUAUCGUACUAAAGCUGAUAGACUGCCAUUUACUCCGGUGGCUGACAGGGUUGAUUAUAUCACAGCCAAACAAGGUGGAGAAAUACUAAGUGAUGUUAAAUACCACCAGGAAUGGAACAGCAUCAAGGACAUUUAUACAUUAACAGAUACACCUCGGUUGCGAGCAGUUAAAGAAGCAGCUAGGAUUCUUAAUGAGCAUCUGUACAAGGACAGCUGGGAGAAAGAUAAAGCUAUUGGCUACAGUUUGCCUCCUGACAGCGUGCCAUUUCGUCAUGCCAAGCAUUCUGAUAACGUCCAAAGUGAGCUGAAAUAUAAGGCAGAUUACGUCAUCCAAAGAGGCCACUAUGUUGGGGUCAAUAAUAUGAGAGAGGAUCCAAAACUGGUGUGGUUUGAGCAUGCUGGCAAGAUUCAGAAUGACAGGUUAUACAAAGAAUCCUAUCACAAAACAAAGUCCCACGUUCACAUACCUCCAGAUAUACGCUCAGUGAUUGCAGCCAGAGACUGCCAGCACAUUGUCAGUGAAAUUCCAUAUCGUCACCACUUUCAUGAAUGGACGUGUCACCCUGACCAAAAUGAUUGCAUCCAGGCAAAGAAAGCCUAUGACCUUCAAAGUGAUAAUCUUUAUAAAUCUGAUCUUGAAUGGCUCCGUGGCUGUGGUUGGAUUCCAUUAGAUUCGGUGGAUCAUCAGAGAGUAAAAAAUGCUCAGGAAUUAAUAAACAAGAGAAUCUACACAAAGGAAGCCAUUGAUAAUUUUGACCAUUUCACAUCCGUUGAAGACACUCCAGAUGUGGUUUUGGCAAAGGCAAACUCGAUCAUGCAGAGUGACGUGAAAUACAAAGAAACCUUUAACCUUCAAAAAGGCCACUACAUCGGUUCUGAUGACACACCGGCCUUAAAUCAUUCCAGAGAGAUGAUAAAACUAUACAGCGAUUACGUGUACAAGGAUGCUUGGGAAUCAAAGAAGGCUUAUGGUUACACUUUGCCUCCAGAUUACAUCCCAAUUGUUGGUGCCAAACAUGCCGAUUAUAUUAACAGCGAGCUCAAAUAUAAAGCAAUAUACGAGAAGCUAAAGGGUCAUUAUCUGGCGGGGAAACAUAAAAAAGACUUCCCAAGUGUGCUCCAUUGUCUUGCUUUCCAAAAAAUGCGGAGUGCGUUGGCCUACAGGAAAAAUUAUGAAGACAACAAGGCACACAUUCAUAUUCCAAGUGACAUGAUCAACCAUGUGCUGGCUAAGAAAUGUCAGUAUAUCCUCAGUGACCUUGAAUACCGAACCUACCUGCACCAGUGGAACUGUUCCCCUGAAGAGAAUGAUGUGGUGAUGGCUAGAAAGGCUCAGGAGAUUCUGAGUGAUGUGCUAUACAAAGAUGAUUUGAACUGGCUGAAGGGAAUUGGAUGCUACGUGUGGGACACUCCUCAAAUCCUGCAUGCCAAGAAGUCUUAUGACCUUCAGAGUCAACUGAAAUACACAAAACAAGGGAAGGACAAUUUACCGAACUACGGUGUGGUUAUGGACACGCCAGUUUAUGUAACUGCCGUUCAGAGUGGUCACAAUGCUAGUGAGCUGAAAUAUAAAGAACAAUACCAUAAAACAAAGGACAAAUAUACCACAGUACUGAAAACGGCAGAUCAUGAUAGGAUCCAGAAACUCAAGCACCUCUUCAGUGAUAAUGUAUACAAGAAACUGUGGGAGAAAAUCAAGUCCAUCACUUAUAAAUUGCCUCCUGAUGCUGUGCCUUUCGUUCGUGCUAAACAGCUGAAAUAUAAUGCCAGUAUUGUGAAAUAUCGGGAAGAAUAUGAUAAAUUUAAAGCACUCUACACUUUACCUAGAGGUGUCCAGGAUGAUCCCAACACUGCAAGAUGCUUAAGAGUUGGCAAGCUGAACAUUGAUCGUUUAUACAGAGCUGUCUAUGAAAAGAACAAGGCUAAAAUCCAUAUUGCGCCAGACAUGGUGGGCAUUGUGACAGCUAAGAAAACACAGCAGAAAAUCAGUGAAGUUGAUUAUCGUGUCCAUCUCCAUCAGUGGGCUAGUAUUCCAGACCCUCAUGCCAAUAUUCUUGCCCGAAAAGUCAAUAAUCAACUUAGUGAUUUUGUAUACAAAGAUGAUCUCAACUGGCUCAAAGGCAUUGGCUGUUUUGUUUGGGACACUCCUGAAAUUCUUCAUGCUAAACAUGCCUAUGACCUUCGCAAUCUCCUCAAAUACAAGGCGGAGGCAGAGAAAAUGAAGAGCAAAUAUUCUGUAGUCACACACACCCCUCUCUAUGUUCAAAAUGUGCUCAGUGGCAAGAAUCUGAGUGAAGCUGUUUACCGCCAUAACUACGUGCAUCAUAUCAAAGGGAAAUAUACACCAACAAAUAAGACAGUGGAUCUGGAGCGGGCAAAUCGGGCUUACAAGAUACAGAGUGAACCUCUCUACCGGAACGCUGGCUUGCAUGCCCUUCCCACUGGAUACAAACUCCCACCAGAUACCCCUGGUUUCAAGCAUGCUAAACAUGCCUACUAUAUUGGCAGUGAUAUAAAAUAUAAAGAAAUUUUUGAACACAUGAAGGGCGCUGGUUACAAUUUUGGGCCCAAAGCUGUUCCAUUUGUACAUACAAGGAAAGUCAAUAAAAUCCUUAAUGAGAGAAUGUAUCGGGAGAUUUAUCACAAAAAUAAAGAUAAAAUUCAUACUACACCUGAUACUCCACACAAUCGGCAAGUGAAAAUAAACCAAGAAGCUUUCAGUGAUCUUAUCUACAAGACUGAUUUCUUCAAGAUGCAAGGACACUUAAUUUCCUUACCGUUUACUCCACAAACUGUACACAACCGCUAUGUUGGAGAAAUUACAAGUGAUAUUAAAUACAAAAGUGAUCUACAAUGGCUCAAAGGUCUGGGCUGCUUCCUGUAUGAUACUCCAGAUAUGGUCCGUUCGCGGCAUUUACGCAAACUCUGGUCUCAUUAUGUGUACACUGAUGCUGCAAAGAAAAUACGAGACAAAUACUCUGUGGUUCUGGAUACCCCUGUUUAUAGAAAAGACCAGGAACUAAAGACCCACCUUAGUGAGAUUGUAUACAGAGCUGCAGGUAAAGAGCAAAAGACUAAGUACACAUCAAUCCUUGAUACACCAGAUUUCAACAGAGCCAAAAGGGGACAAAAACUGCAGAGUCAGUACCUGUAUGUUGAACUCGCCACCAAGGAAAGACCACAUCAUCAUGCUGGAGACCAGACGCCUGCCUUAAAACUUGCUAAGCAUGUGAAGGACUUUGCCAGUGAGAAAAAAUACAGAUCACUCUACGAUAAACUAAAGGAUAAAUACGUAACAGUCCCAGAUACACCAAUCCUCAUCAGAGCUAAGAAGGCUUAUCUGAACGCCAGUGAUCUGCGUUACAAAGAAACAUUUGAGCGAGCAAAGGGUAAAUACCACACUGUAAAGGAUGCCUUAGAUAUUGUCUAUCACCGCAAGGUCACUGAUGAUAUCAGCAAAGUGAAAUAUAAAGAAAAGUACAUGAGCGAAUUAGGAUUUUGGAGAUCUAUCCCAGAUCGGCCAGAACACUACCACCAUCGUGCAGUCACUGAUGCAGUUAGUACUGUUAAAUAUAAGGAAGAUUUAACAUGGCUCAAAGGCAUAGGAUGCUAUGCAUGGGAUACUCCUGAUCUCGUCCUCGCAGGAAAGAAUAAAGCUCUCUAUAGUCCAUAUAAGUACAAGGAAACAUUUGAAAAGACAAAAUCCAAGUUCGAGUAUGUUGCUGACAGUCCAAUUAACAGACAUUUUAAAUAUGCUACUCGGUUGAUGGAUGCGAAAUUGUACAAAUCCGAGUACGAGAAGAAGAAGGAUAAGUAUUCCUUUGUGGUGGAUGACCCUAAAACCUUGCUGGCCAAAUGGGGAGGAGAGUUAAGCAGUCAGAAUAAAUAUAAGUCUAGUGCCAAGUUGUUCCUUCAACGGGGAUGUAAUGAAAUUCUGCGACCAGAUAUGCUGACAGCAUUGUACAACACAUAUCAGUGGAGUCAGUACAAGUACAAAAGGCUAUAUGAAAAACAGAAGGACAAAUUUACAAGUGUUGUGGAUACGCCAGAACAUCUGAGGACUACCAAAGUCAACAAGCUAAUCAGUGAUAUUCUUUAUAAACUGGAAUUCCAGAAAGCCAAACCAAAGGGAUAUACCAGCAUUCAUGAUACUCCCAUGAUUCUCCACGUACGGAAGGUCAUGGACAGAAUAAGUGAACUGAAAUACAAAGAGCUCUAUGAGCAGAACAAAUCUCACUGCAAUGUGAUACCAGAUUCAGUUCACAUUAAAGCUGCUAAGCAGGCUUACAAAGUGAAUAGCAAUCUGGAUUACAAGAAGAAAUAUGAAGCAACCAAAGCUCACUGGCACUGGACCAUGGAUAGACCUGACUUUAUCCAAGCUGCUAAGACAUCCUUGCAACAGAGUGAUUAUGAAUACAAGCUUGACCGAGAAUACCUCAAAGGAUGCAAGUUGUCUGUAACAGAUGACAAAAACACAGUGUUGGCAUUGCAGAAUGCAAUCUUGGCAAGCGAUUUAAAAUACAAAGAGAAGCACAACAAGGAACGGGGAAGCAUCCUUCCUGUUCCAGACACUCCCCAGAUCCUUCUUGCCAAGAUGGUUAGCUCUCUUGUGUCUGAGAACAAAUACAAAGAGCAUGUGAAGAAACACCUCCCACAUGGUUCUUUCACAAAAUUGCCAGAAACACGGGAUACUGUUCAUGUCAAGAAAGUCACCCGUAAUGUUAGUGAGACAAAUUAUAAAAAGAAAUUUCAAAAACAAAAAGGCAAGUCAGAUUAUUCCAUCAUGGUGGAACCUCCUGAUGUGAAGCACGCCAUGGAUGUGGCAAAGAAACAGAGUAUUGUCGAAUAUAAAAAAGAUGCCAAAUCACAGCUCCACUAUACCACUGUGGCAGAUAGACCUGAUAUUAUGAAGGCCACACAAGUCUCCCAUUUAGUCAGCGACAUUGAAUACAAAGGCAAAGGUCGCAAAGAUGCUGGAGUAGGAGUCACCAUGCUUGGACGUCCAGAUAUUGAACUUGCCAAAGAAGUGUCCAAACUAACCAGCCAGAUCAAGUACAAAGAAAGGUUCGAUAAAGAAAAAGGAAAGAAGCCUCAAUAUGAUCUGAAGGAGAGCAAGAUCUACAAGACCUUAAAAGAUGCUCACCACAUUGCAAGUGAAAUUAAAUAUAAGGCAGAUCUGAAGAAACUUCACAAGCCGGUGACUGAUAUGUCUGAAUCUCUUGCGAUGAAUCAUGUUUUGAACACCAGCCACCUUGCCAGCACUUACCAGUACAAGAAGCAGUACGAGAGGAAUAAAGGUCACUACCACGUAAUUCCAGAUAACCUUGAACAGCUCCAUCUAAAGGAGGCCUCAGAACUUCAGAGCAUAGUGAAAUACAAGGAAAAAUAUGAAAAGGAAAGAGGAAAACCCAUGCUGGACUUUGAAACACCUACAUAUAUCACUGCUAAGGAAGCACAACAGAUGCAGAGUGAGAAAGAAUAUAAGAAAGAUUUUGAAGAGUCCAUUAAGGGCCGGAAUCUUACUGGUUUGGAGGUUACACCAUCUUUACUGCAUGUCAGAUAUGCCACUAAGAUAGCAAGCGAGAAAGAAUACAGGAGAGAUUUAGAAGAAGGUGUAAAAGGCAAAGGCCUAACAAUUCUAGAAGAGACACCAGAUUUACUUAGAGCAAAGAAUGCAACCUAUAUCUUGAAUGAGAAAGAAUACAAGAAGGCUCUGGAGAUGGAAAUCAAAGGAAGGGGACUAACAGACCUUGCAUUGGAGACACCUGAUUAUAUGAGGGCAAAGAAUGCCACAGAUAUUGCUAGUGAGCUUAAAUAUAAGCACUCCGCGGAAAUGGAAAAAGCCAAUUAUACUACAGUUGUUGACACUCCAGAAAUCAUCCAUGCACAUCAUGUGAAGAACUUUUCCAGUAAGAAAAAGUAUAAGGAGGAUGCAGAGAAAACCAUGCCAUACUAUGUGUCUGUGCUAGAGACUCCAGAAAAUCAGCGGGUUCGAGAAAAUCAAAAGAAUUUUAGCAUGCUUCAGUAUCAGCAUGAUCUGCAGGACAGUAAAGGAAAGGUCACCGUUGUAAAUGAAACACCAGAAAUAUUACGAGUUAAAGAAAACCAGAAAAAUUUUAGCUCGGUUUUAUACAAAGAUAUCAUUGGAACAGGAACAGCAAUUGAAAAAACACCAGAGACACAGAGAAUUAGAAAAACUACAGAUGCCAUUAGCACGAUUAAGUACAAGGAGAACAUUGGAAAAGGAACUCCCAUUCCUGACCUUCCUGAAGUAAAACGGGUCAAGGAGACGCAGAAACACAUCAGCACGGUAAUGUACAAAGAGAAUGCAGGGCAAGGAACUGCAAUAUCAAGUACUCCAGAAAUAGAGAGAGUCAGACGCAAUCAAGAACACAUUAGCUCGGUGUCUUACAAAGAACAGGUGGGCACAGGAAUGGCAACUCCUGUUACGCCAGAAAUGGAGCGGGUCAGACGUAAUCAGGAGAACAUUAGCUCGGUAUUAUACAAAGAGAAUUUAGGGUCUGGAACUCCAACAACAAUUACUCCAGAGUUGGAGAGAGUCAGACGCAAUCAAGAAAUCUAUAGCUCGGUCCUAUACAAAGAAAACCUAGGGACAGGCACCCCGACUCCUGUCACUCCUGAGAUGGAGAGAGUCAAACACAACCAAGAAAUCAUUAGCUCGGUGUUGUACAAAGAGAAUGUAGGGAAAGCAACCCCAACUUCUGUCACUCCAGAGAUGGAGAGAGUCAAACGCAAUCAAGAACACAUUAGCUCGGUUUUGUACAAAGAGGACAUAGGGAAAGGAACUUCUGUACCCAUCACUCCCGAGAUGGAAAGAGUUAAAUGCAAUCAAGAAUACAUUAGCUCGGUUGCAUACAAAGAAGAUGUAGGGAAAGGAACCCCUACACCUGUCACUCCAGAGAUGGAGAGAGUUAAACGCAAUCAAGAACACAUUAGCUCGGUCUUAUACAAAGAGGGACUGGGAAAAGGUACCCCUAUACCUGUCACUCCUGAGAUAGAGAGAAUCAAACGCAAUCAAGAACACAUUAGCUCGGUGUUGUACAAAGAGGACAUAGGAAAAGGAAUUCCUACCCCUGUCACUCCAGAGAUGGAGAGAGUCAAACGCAAUCAAGAACAUAUUAGCUCGGUUUUGUACAAAGAGGGUUUGGGGAAAGGUACUCCGAUACCUAUCACUCCUGACAUGGAGAGAGCGAAGCGCAAUCAAGAGUUCAUUAGCUCGGUUCUCUACAAAGAAAAUUUGGGGCAAGCAACCCCAACACCAGUUACUCCUGAGAUGGAAAGAGCCAAACGCAAUCAAGAAAACAUUAGCUUGGUUUUAUACAAAGAGAGCCUGGGAAAAGGAACCCCAACUUCGAUCACUCCAGAGAUGGAGAGGGCCAAACGCAAUCAAGAAAACAUUAGCUCGAUCCUCUAUUCAGAUAGCUUCCGGAAGCAAGUACAAGGAAAAGCACCUUUUGUCUUGGAUACUCCUGAAAUGAGGCGUGUUCGGGAGACACAGCGGCACAUUUCCACAGUGAAAUACCAUGAAGACUUUGAAAAGACCAAAGGUAGUUUCACACCUGUUGUCACAGAUCCCAUAACAGAACGUGUAAAGAAGAAUAUGCAAGACUUCAGUGACAUUAACUAUAGGGGCAUUCAGAGAAGAGUUGUAGAAAUGGAGCAGAAACGAAUAGGUCAGGAUCAAGAACUGAAUAACCUAACAGGCCUUCGUGUAUGGCGAACCAAUCCUGGAUCAGUCUUUGACUAUGACCCAGCAGAAGAUAACAUUCAGUCGAGAAGCUUACACUUGCUGGCAGUGCAAGCCCAGCGACGUAGUCGAGAGCAUUCACGUUCUGCCAGUGCUGUCAGUCUCAGCGGCGGGGAUGAAAAAGCUGAGCAUUCAGAGGCCGCUGAUCAGCAUUUGUCAUAUUACAGCAAUGGAGGCUUCUUUCCUACAACUACAACAGUGGAUUACAAACAUGCCAAAACUGUAGAGCUGCCACAACAAAGAUCAUCUUCUGUUGCAACUCAACAGACUACAGUAUCUUCCAUCCCCUCUCAUCCAUCUACUGCAGGGAAGACUUAUCGUGCUAUGUAUGACUACACAGCAGCAGAUGCUGAUGAAGUCUCUUUCAAAGAUGGCGAUGCAAUUGUCAACGUCCAAGCCGUCGAUGAAGGAUGGAUGUAUGGAACUGUGCAAAGAACAGGCAAAACAGGCAUGCUUCCAGCCAACUAUGUAGAAGCAGUUUAAACGGAGACUCACAUUGACAUGGACAAUAAGAAGGCCCUUUAUGCCACAUCAGUUCAGUACAAUUCAUAACGGUUGCCAAAAAUGCCUUAUUUUCUCCCUCUUGAUACAUGUGAAGAAUUGUCUGGCAUCUAAAACUUUCAGGAAACAUUAUCCAUCCUAGUUUGACGAGGUGUUUAAAAGAGAGUUUUGGGUACCUGAAAUUCAGUAUUUCAUCCCUCUUUUAAUUUAUCUGAAUUUGCACGAUUCAGUUUAUUUUCAUGAGUCAUUGAAUUGUAUUGGUUUACGUGGUUUUUCAAGAGAUGCAGUGAUCACACACGAUAGUCUAAACACAGCGGAAUGUAUCCAUGUCUGUUUCUAGUACACAACACCUUAAACUAGUUAAAAGUGGAAAGCCUCUCUUCUGCCCUACUUAGUGAAUACUGAUGUGAUGCAUGCAUUGUUAAUCUGCGUGUUCUUGCGUCGCAGUACUGUCAAUUUCCUCUCAAAUUAGUGACUAAUAAAUGUCAUGUUUCCGCAAAUCUA